GACCAAGAAGAAGACCCCAGCAACAACAGCCAGAGCCCCUGCACAGCCCACACACGUCACUGACCAUGACAUUUCAUGGCGUAGAGGAUCGUGAAAAUGUAACGACACACACGUCUCCUGUGUCGGAAAUCCUGUAGAAUUCAUUCAACCAAUCAGAUGAUGACUUCGAAACUCCUGAAGUUUUUCCAGUAAGUUUAUGUGAAGUAUGGUAUCAGCAACGCCAAGGUCACUAUAAUUCCCAGGAAAUACACAUAUUGAGUGCCUGUGAGGAGGAUGUUGGCAGACCACUUUCACUAGACACAUGGGACUCUGGUGUCUAGCAACUUCACUCUUCAUCAGUGUGUGCAAGGGAUGCACUAUGGCCUAACAGAAUCCGGAAAUUAAAGGAUUACUCAUAACUGCCAAACACUGGAGAUCUGGUGUGCCAAAGAUUUCGUCAGCCCGCCCAGGGUGAAAGAGCGGUCAACAGGUCUUACUUCUGCUCUGCUUGGUUGACAAGUACAUUUAUAAACUGGAAUGCCUGAGUUUGGUGGAUUUACAACCGUUCACAGUGGAAAUAAACAAAAAGAAACAAUGCAUUUUCUGGACAUUUCUUGUGGAUUUCUAAAUCUACUGAUUGGUCUCCCAUGACCCCUUUUCGUGGUGCGCAUCCCACUGCUGCGAAGGAGAAAUCGAUGAUGACGAAAAACACAAAUUAUGCCAUCAUGUCGCUGCCUUUCUCAGAACACAUAUACUGGGGAGGGAUUUUUAAAGGACUGUAUCUGCCCUCUCGCUCCCUCUUUCUUCUUCUUCUCCUAUUUUCAUCGCCCUCAGUUGCGUUUAGUAGCGUGCCGGGUUUGGAAUAUGACUGGGGAACGCAACCCAAACUUGUUUGCAUCCCUAUCCCUGCCGAUGCAGAUCCUGGUUGUUUCACACCAGGUGGAGCUUUACAUGGGGACUCGCAUGGGGACUCGCAUGGAGCUUCACAUGGAGCUUCACAUGGACACGGUAAUGGACAUCAUGGGCCAGUUAGCAGCCCGCCAAGUAGUCACAGCAGUAGUAGUAGCCGACAUGGCAUAUCCGAUGAGGCCAAAUCCACCAUCCUUCAUCUGAGGGAGAGCCUUGUGCGACAGAAGGAGACCAUCUUGGAUCAGCGAGAGACCAUUCGGGAACUGACAGCAAAACUGACUCUCUGCGAGAGCUUUGGGAGAGGACAUCAUGAUGACAGCCAUCAUGGGCCUUCACAUCACAACUCCCAGCAUUCCUCACACCCCUUUGACAGCCACCAUGGUGACCCACAUUUCCCUUUAAACGGGCAUCGCAGUGACCAUCACAGAGGGAAGACUCCGUAUCUGGGCAAACACGGAGGCUUCUCCCCAGAACAGACUGGAAAGACCCUGCAGGCCCUGAAGGAGAGGCUGGAAAAUCUUCAGGCAAGAAAUUCUUCCAGUUCCUAUUCAAGUUCAUUGAGAGACCUCCUACAGCGCAAAAUCAACGCACUGGAAGAACAGCUCCAUCAUCACUAUGACAGUCACUACGGCCACCAUGAAAACCAUCAUGGAUAUGGUCAUCAUGAGGAUCAUCAUGACCUUGAUGACCACCAUAAUACCCACAGCAAUAACCACCAUGAUGACCAUCACGAUGACCAUCACGAUAACCACGAUGACCAUCACGAUAACCACGACAACCACCAGGCGAACCAUCACGAUGACCAUCACUCCAGCAACCAUCGUAACAACAACCAUUAUAAUUAUCACUAUGAGCGUCACAGCGACCACCAUGAUGAUCACCAUGACAAUCAUCAAAACGGCCAUGAUGAUCAUCAUGACAACCACCAUAACAGCAACCACCAUGAAGAUCGUCAUGAUGACGGCCAUCAUGGCAAUGGUCACCAUGAUGAUGGACGCCAUGGAAAUGAUGAUAAUGUCCACCAUCCACAAACCUCUUUCAAGCCACCUGGGCCAAGAGCGCCUGUCCGUGGAGCCCUCAGUAAGCUAGAUGCAGUGCUGAGUAACCUUCACCACAAGACUCCAGAACCAGGUCUUAAUAAGAAACUCAAAAAUCCUGACGCUUUUCAGAUUGGCUUUCCGAUGCGCACCAACUACAUGUAUGGGCGAAUCAAACGCACCCUUCUGAGCGAGAUCUUCGCCCUCACAGUCUGCCUCUGGUUGAAAGGGGGCUCAGGUCCUGGGAUCGGAACCCCGUUCUCCUACUCUGUCCCUGGCCAGGCCAAUGAGCUUGUCCUGAUUGAGUGGGGCAACAAUCCCAUGGAGCUGCUGGUGAAUGACAAGGCAGUCACUCUUCCUAUUUCUCUGACGGACAGUAAGUGGCACCACCUCUGCGUAACGUGGUCCACACGGGAUGGCAUGUGGGAGGCUUAUCAGGACGGCGUGAAAAGGGGCUCUGGAGAGAAUCUGUCCCCCUGGCAUCCGAUUAAACCAGGAGGAGUCUUUAUCCUGGGACAGGAACAGGACACUCUGGGCGGCCGUUUCGACGCCACACAGUCUUUUGUGGGCGAGAUGUCGGAUCUGCAGCUGUGGUCGCGUAUGCUCACCUCAACCGAGAUCUACGACCAAGCGUCCUGCUCCAGCCACCUCACCGGCGACAUCAUCACCUGGAGCGAGUCCAUGGUGGAGCUCCACGGAGGUGUCACAAAGUAUCCGUUCGACCCUUGUCAUUAAGGAUCUAACCAAAGAGACCACCUCUGCUUAACUUGCAGCUGGAAAGGUGGACAGUUAUGAAUCUCGACUCGUACUGCGGCUGCUCAAUUAACUAAGCACUUUAUUAGUUUAAGGGUCUGAAAGUUACAUAAUGCAAAUAGAUAAGCUCUCAGGAUGUCAACAGACUGGUUGAACCCCAUUUUGUGUUUUUGGUUCACUUCCAGACACUACUGAAAGCACUUCAGUAUCACUAAUACAUGCAAAAACACUUCAAUUACUGUUGACAUGUACUAUUAAAAUAAGGCGAGACAAUGUGGACUAUUUUUAUAUCUGUACAAUGUCAAGUGAAUUUCCUUUUCUUUAGUUGGUUAGACUCAUUUGUAUUCGUUCUAGCAGCAUGGGGGCAGCAGUGAGUUUUAAAGGCCUACAUUUCAUUUAUGCUACAUUUUUAUAAGCCAGGACUUCAGUAUAGCUUAUAACCUGAGGUGCUCUUUUAGUCUUGAAAAUCAAGAAUACAUUCUGCUAAAAAUAAACAAAUCGUGUAAUAUUUUUUUUUAAUGCAUGUAAAUUUGUAUUAUUGAAAGACGAAAAAUGUGCAGGUUAGAUUAGAUGUCUUGAAGAGUUGAAGAUGGUAUUUUUUCAUCCGUAUAGUGACAAGUGAUGUCUGUGGGCAGGUGGGCUGCUGGUAUGGGUUUAUAUACAGUACACACAUGCCAGAUAUAGGAGCUGAAAGAAAACAGUGAGGUGUCCAUGGCAACAUAGCUUAAAGGGGAUUAAAGAGCUGAAGAGCACUCUCGUUUAGACUCUAUCUCUCUUUUCUCUCUAUCUCUCUCUUGCUAUUCGAUUUCAUAAUAUUGUAUGCACUUUUUGUGUUUAAACACAUGCACAUCUGUAUCUGAAGAACUCUACAUAAAGAGUACAGCACAGUGAAUGUAAAGUUGGUUGCACGUUGUAGUUGUUACUCUGUGAAUUGUUUUUUUUUAUUGGAUAAAGGCGUGUGCUGCAGUCAUUUAUGAAAAGUGACAUUGAACAGAUCUGUGUUUCAUUAUUGAUUAAUGAACUUAAGUAAGGUAGGAAAUGAGUUAGUCUGGAUGUAUGAAACCUCCAGCUGUUUAUUUAAAAUGCUUCUUCUUAUUGUGAAUUUAACCUAAAAUCUGGAGGCAUUUAUAGAUUAUGCAUUUUCACUAUUUAAAAACCCAUUUAUUGUUACUUUUUUUAACUAGAUGGCCAAAUGUUCAUCCCUGAGGUAGCCUGAAUUUUUAUGUUCCCCCCUCUCCCUCUUCGUACCAAAGGAGACUUUACAGACUUACCAGUUAGAUAAUCGUCCAACCUGACUGGUCAGAUUUACGUAUGCAUUUGCUUAACUUCGCCUUUGGUGUAUAUCUGUAUCCAAAUGCACUAAUUAGUUUAUUUCCUUUUAAUCUUUCUUAUAUAAUUGUAUAUAGAAGUUAUAUGUAUAUAUCAUAUUUUUACUUAUUAUUAACAAUAUGUUUGGGCAUAUAUUUAAUGCCUGUAAGCCAAAAUGUACAAGCUUAACUUGAGACAAGCAUGUAUUCAAUUAUUUGUAAAUAAAGUAAUGGUUUUGAACUAA